GUGAACAGAGUGCAAGGUGUAUAUCGGGUCCACAGCGCGAGCGCCACGACUCUACCUCUUGGAGCGGUUUUCCACCAGUGUUUCCUAGUUUUCCCUCAGUGCUUUUCCGGUACAUCACACAAAACGCGUGUUAGGUAGUGAGCGCGGACUUCUCAAAAUUUACAUGGAACCAAUGCCGCUUUUUCACAGAUGACGUACACGUAAAGGAUUUAUGGGUCGGCCUGAUGGAAUGCAGGAGGUGCCAGGAAAGACGGUGAGAUGCUGAAAGACGCCAGUCACGUGGGCUGAGCUCACCGCACUCAGCGCCAUAUCUCUGGAAAGAUGUCCUAAUAUGGGUCAGCCUUGGAUGCUAGUUCGCGCGGCUGCUAUACUUCUUGUGACACGGCAAACGCUGGCCUUGUCCGACAUCUUCGAAGACGGAAAAUCCGACAAGGAAAUCCUGGAUAAUCUCUUAAGGGCUACCCGCUACGACAAGAGGCUUCUGCCUCCGGUGCAAGAUGCGGACUUCUGCUGUGGCCUGCAGUCACCCGAGGAUGCCGAGUUUGAAAUGCGCAACAUCUCAAGCAGCAAACAGCGUGAGACCGUCAAGGUAGACGUUAGCGUCUUAUUGCUUAGUUUAGCGUCUCCGGACGAGUCCAGUUUGAAAUACGAAGUAGAGUUCCUCCUGCAACAACAAUGGUUCGAUCCCCGGUUGAAAUAUUCAAACCAAAGUCGAUACGAUUUCCUCAACGCUAUUCACCAUCACAACGAUAUUUGGUUACCAGACACCUAUUUCAUCAUGCACGGUGACUUCAAAGACCCUCUGAUACCAAUGCACUUUUCCCUACGGAUAUAUCGUAACGGGACGGUUUUUUAUUCAAUGCGGAGACAUCUCAUUUUAUCUUGUCAAGGACACUUAAACAUUUUUCCUUUCGACGAUCCGGAAUGUUCGUUUUCGUUGGAAAGUAUAUCUUAUGAAAUGAAAAGUAUUAAGUAUGUGUGGAAAAAUGAUGAAGAUGUGUUAAAAAAGUCUUCAAGUCUGGCCACACUCAAUGCUUAUUUAAUUAAAAAUCAAACGUCAGAAUGUAACCAGAAAAAUAACUGGAGGGCAGAAGAUGGAAACGUACCGGCAGAUGACGAUGGGCACCAUGGCUGUGAUCUCUGUCAAAAACAGUUUAAAGGAAACUACAGUUGCCUGGGGGUUAGACUAAUAUUUACACGGGAUCGAGCGUUCUACUUCACGACAGUAUUCAUACCUGGAAUUAUACUAGUAACAUCAUCAUUCAUCACAUUUUGGUUGGAAUGGAAUGCAGUACCGGCCCGUGUCAUGAUAGGUGUGACAACAAUGCUCAACUUUUUCACAACCUCAAACGGAUUCCGUUCAACGUUGCCGGUGGUUUCGAAUUUGACUGCCAUGAAUGUGUGGGACGGUGUGUGCAUGUGUUUCAUUUACGCGUCCUUAUUAGAAUUCGUAUGUGUGAAUUACGUAGGAAGAAAACGACCACUUCACAACGUCGUCUAUCGACCUGGGGAAAAUCCUGUAAUACAGCGACUGCCCGCUGUUCUCAGCAGGAUAGGCAUAAUUCUGGCCAGUCCCUUGGAAACAGCCGAACAAGAAUAUUAUUCCACAUUCUGUGAAAGUCCUCAAUAUAGAGGAGAUAAAAAAAGGGAUUCAACUGGAGUUGCGAAUGAAAUCGUAUCCUGCACCAAUUGUGGACCAAAUCCUUGCACUCACACGGCCAACAACGGCUGUGCAGCAGAGUCUUGUUUAUUGCAGGUGCGAAAAAAGGAGCCUCCCCAUCCGAUACGUGUGGCAAAGACUAUAGACGUUAUAGCUCGGAUUACUUUCCCGACCGCCUUUGCAGUUUUUCUAAUAUUUUUCUUCUAUCACUACAGCAGUUACACUCACUCUGACUCACAUAAGUGAUAAUAAUACGAGGUACAUAUCAAGCAUUUUAAAAAAUCAGUGUGAUCAGAAGAAUGAAGAGCCAUGACGAUGGUUUAGUGUGGUUGGUUUCAUACAUAUAUUUAUCUACUUCUACUAUACCAAUUUGUUGCAAUUUAUACAGAAGGUUCGCAAAACGUGUAGCUGCAAAAGCACUGUACAUAGUAUAUUUGAAAAUCAUUGAUAUUUUGACAGAUAAUUGUAAUAGAAGUUAUGUAUACACACACAUUUUUUCAAUCAAUUUGUGCAUUACAUAUUGUGAUAUUACACGAAGCGGUGAAUUUUGUUACUCAUUAGUUGAACUGUUUGUAAAUGUUUAAGGACAUGGCUAGAACAACUUUAAUUCAUCAAAAAGCACCAUCACGUGUGAAGAUUACAUCGGAAUGGGUCGAGGAUUUAUAGUUUUAUAUCGUUAACUUAAGCCACGUUUGGUUAUUUUCCUGUUUAAACCUGGUACACAUACUUACUAUCCUUUAAUUCCAUAUGGUUCAGUCAGGUCAAAUUUAAUCAAAAAUUAGCAAUAAUCGCAAAGAUUAUGGACCAAAUCGGCAAUUAUGUGUACUAGUGUCUUACUACCAAAUGUGACCAAAAAUUCGUGCCAUUCGAAGCAUUAUUAUUAGUUUAAUUGCAAUUUAAAUGUGUUGCGUACCACCUCUGUGAUUAUUGAUAUUUGUGUAAAGCGUACCUGAGAUGUAAGCGCAUGUACAGUGUGUCCAGAAAGUUAUGUAAUUUUGACCCACUGUACACAAAGUUGGAUUACAUUCUAAACCACUUAAUUUCACACUGCUGUCUUACAUUAAAUGAUAGUUUAAUCGAAAAUAUUUUUUUUUAUUUAUAUGUCGUAAUUGACGGGUUGUUGAGUGUUUUGUUAAGUGAGGACAUUAAAAAUAAAGAUUUAAUGGUGUGUUAUCGACUUUGGCAGUUGUCCAUUUUCAAUGAAUUUCUUUCACAUUCCAAGAGAUUUUAUAUGCAAAAAGCUCAGUUUUGUAUAAAGGGAUAGAAAAUUGUUGAAGUUUUGUUGUCUAUUUUUAUCUAGUCUUAUCCAAAAGUUUAUUUAUUUAGUUAUUGUCGACUCGAUGAAUUUCAAUGUAUAUUGUAAAUAAUGUAAGGAUCAAAAAAUUGUGUUUUGUAAUCGAAGUAUUUAUAAUUAAUUUAUAAUAUUUAUAAUUAUAAUCGAUUAGAAUAGUCCGUAGCAUGCCAACAUGCACGAUAGAGCAGACACUGUGAUGACAGACUGAACAGCUUUGAACCAAUUUUAAUAAUAAUCUAAUAACUACCCAAAAAAACCUAGACUAUUCAUUCAAUGACAUUGUCCAAAGUAAUUAAUUAAAAAAUACAAACUUUUUGGCUUGAAAUAGACAAUUCCUGUACCGCUUUUCCCACGAGAAAGUUGUUCAAAUUCUGAUUUUCUGACCCAGCAUGGAAUUUUAUGUGACACCGUUUUAAACUUGUAAGAAUUGCACCGUUUUUCUCUAAAUACUUUGUAAAUAUAGCCUAAUUGUCGUGUUUUUUCGAAAAAAUUCUAAAAAAUUCCAUGCUCAAAAUGUUCACCGUAUUUCAUAUAAAAUGAUCGUUUUAAUUUAUAUGAAAUAUGAUGCUUCGAGAAUUUGUUCUUCAAUUUGCCACAAUGCUAACAGCGGCUUUAAAGUGACCUCAUCUAUCAGUAUAAUCAGAUUUACCAUUCUGUACGGUUAGAGCCAAUAUUGUUAGCAACUUUGGCUUGAUUGCCUUUAAUAUAAUGCACCAUGAUCAUUUAAUCUCGUUAUGAACAUGAAGAAACCCUCAAAUAUUUUGUAGUUAAUAUCGACUCGACUUUAUUGUACAUAUUUCCUACAAUGUACAUGCAUCGAAUUUUAAAUUAAAACACAAUGUAUGUUCUAAUUCGUUACAUUAUACAAUAAAUAUUUUCAUCUGCAACAA